UUUAAACUGUCAUUUGCUACCGGGAGAAAUGUCAACCGGUAAUGUUCCAAUUUGUGCGAAACAGAAAUCUCAACAACAUUUAAUUAAAUACAAUUUAAACCGGUAUUUAUUGAAAAGUACCCAUGAAAAUAAUACUAUAAAAACUUGCUUUUGAAAAAUUUAAGUAUUCAUUCAUCAUACCGCUUAUCGUGAGUGUUCACUUGGAUUUGUGGAGGUAAAUUCACAAUAAUUAGUUUAAGUGGAUUCUGCUCGUAUUUGAUUGUACUAGUCUAAUUGGUGCUAUUCCUGUAGUCCGGCUAUGGCGGACCAGUCGUCGGUUUUGGCUUUUGUCAUACUGGCAGUUGGAAUCACUGUGCACUUUUCCCUGCACAAAGUUGAAGAGGGCCAUGUAGGCGUGUAUUACCGCGGAGGAGCCCUUCUACCUGUGACUAGCCAGCCAGGCUUUCACAUGAUGAUCCCAUUGCUGACUUCAUAUAAAUCCAUACAGACGACGCUUCAAACGGACGAGGUGAAGAAUGUCCCGUGCGGCACGAGCGGCGGUGUGAUGAUAUACUUUGAACGUAUCGAAGUCGUCAACAAACUUGAGCCGAUCAGUGUGUUAGAUAUGGUGCGUAAUUUCACAGCUGACUACGACAAAACGCUCAUAUUCAACAAGGUUCAUCACGAACUCAACCAGUUCUGCAGUGCUCACACGCUGCACGAAGUCUAUAUAGACUUGUUCGAUCAAAUUGACGAGAAUUUACGCACAGCAUUACAGCAAGAUUUGCACGAAAUGGCCCCGGGACUGAGGGUGCAAGCCGUUCGAGUCACGAAACCGAAAAUUCCAGAAUCUAUUCGUAAAAACUAUGAACUUAUGGAAGCGGAAAAAUCUAAACUCCUCAUUGCUGCUCAACACCAGAAGGUCGUUGAAAAAGAAGCCGAGACUGCUAGGCGAAAGGCCGUCAUUGAAGCAGAAAAGGAAGCUCAGGUCGCGAAAAUCCAAUACGAACAGAAAAUAAUGGAGAAAGAAUCCCUGCAGAAGAUAGAACUCAUUGAGGACAGUAUUCACAAAGCCAAACAGCAAACCAAAGCCGAGGCCGACUUCUACCAUCUGAAGAAACAGGCGGAAGCCAACAAAGUGUUACUUACGAGAGAGUACUUAGAAUUGAAGAGAUACGAAGCUUUAGCUCUAAACAAUAAGAUCUACUUUGGCAGUGAUAUACCAAAUAUGUUUGUUCAGGCUAAUGUCGGUGACAGCAUCCCCAUUCCCAAGGGCGUCCAAGUUGAAUGACUGCUAAUCAAUCUGGCGCACCUGCUAGUCAUGGAGUAGGGGUCACAAGGACCAAGUAAAGUCGCAUUAUGUGCGUAAGUCAAUAAACUUCGAUUUAGAUUAAACAUUAUCAAAACUGCUUAGAAUCUGAUCCCUUAGCAGUUUUGUUCCCCAAUUUGCUUGUUUAGAUGAUUGAUUAGAUUGCUAUUAUAAAGAAGCAGUGUUUGUUGUAUACUGGAAUGAGUAUUAUCUCUUUUUACAUUAUUAAUGUAGUCUUAUUAAUCUCAAUACAUAGUACUUGUAAUUUGUGUGUAAGAACAAUAGAUAUCUGUUAAAAAAUUGUGAUAGGUAGAAACUUUUAUAUAUUUCAUGCACUAUUAAAAUGUAUGAACAAAUAAGAUAAGGAAUUAAUAUAAAUUAUUUAUAGAACUCAUCACAAUAACUUCAUUGAGUUUAUUUGACUGAGUGUUAUUUUGGUUCUCAUACAUUAUUUUUCUAUGUAAAUAGCUUUUUUAAUGUGAAAUUAAAUAGAAAAAUAUGUGGAAAAAA